GUUUGCUACGUAGAUGCUGCUCAAUGUUGCUACACGUACGAGUUCAUUUCUGAACCCACUAUAGCGGAGAGCAGUCAGGCCUUCGAUUCCCUCUCCGAGGCCGGAUGGUAAAAUCCAACCUCCAGCGGAUACUAAACAGUCAUUGCUUUGCUCGCGAAAAAGAAGGAAAACAACAGUUCCACACCAUCAUGGAUGCUUUAAGUAACGACAGUAACGUUAGUAUUUGUGACAUGAUUGGCAACCUGUCCCUGCACUGUAGUAGUACCCACGGUCCAGGGCCUCUGUGGUGCUCCGAUGCCCCUCUCCCACCCCUGAAGAUCCCAGGUGGGCGAGGGAAUGGUCAACGGGAUCACACUUCUGCAACUCGAACUUUGCAUUCAGACAUGAAGUUGACAGUAACUGAGGAGGUGGGAGGGGGUGGGCGCCCUGCAAUACUUCACUUCCAGAGCCGCCCCACUGUGUCACGGGUGAUCCACUGGGAGGCUGUUCUUAGCGGGGAAGGCCUGUAUGUGGAGAUCCCACAAGACUUACUGCUUGAGGGCAGCAAGGAGAGUUUUGUGUCUCUUCUGGAGUUUGCUGAAGAACAUCUUAAAGUUGUCAGCGUGUUUGUCUGCUUUUACAAGAACAGAGAAGAUUGUGCAAAAUUAGUGCGCACAUUCAGCUUUCUGGGCUUUGAGAUUGUGAAACCAGGCCAGGCCCUCGUCCCACCUCGACCCGAUGUUUUCUUCAUGGCCUACAACUUUGACAGGGAUUCUUCUGAUGAAGAUUAGUUCCGACCUACGCCCCUUCCAUCUCACUAUAUUUCCCAACUAUUUUUCACUCUGUGAUCCAAGUUGUCCCAUGCUUAUUUGUUACACUGAAGAAAGUAGUUUUAGAUGUGUUCUCUGUAGUAUGGCUGAUAAAGUUCUCUCUGUCCCCCUGUCAUCUAUAUCCUUCCUGCUCCUUUUCAAUAUUUUCUGUGUUGAAUGACUGUAUGCCUAUUAUUUAGAUUGAUUGGUAUUACAGAACAAAAGAGGGACGCUCUUGAAAGGGACUUAUAAGCAUAUUGCAAUUCUCAAAUAUCAGAAAAAAAUGUUUGUUUUGUCAUUUUAUUGUGAAAAUACUCUUGAAUGUACAAACAGGUCAUUUAGUUUACAUUUUGGUACAUCAGUGCUAUCAUUUGAUUGGCUUACUAGAGGAAACAGGAUUGUUUCCCAUUUCAUAUAGCGAUAGCUUGGUAAGACCUGAGAUUACAAAGUGGUUGUCUUAUCGUGACUACAGGAGUAUGUGGUACGUAUCUGCUGGUUGUUAGCCCUAAAGACCAUGGAAGUUAAAUGGAAAAUGUUUGUUGAUUAUGUAAUAACUGAAACCAGAAUCCGGAACACUUAUAAAAAAAAAUGAGAUGCUGAUGAGUGAAUUGGUACAAAGCUUGAUAAAACAUCCAAAGUGCUUUUGCCUCUUUAUUGUGUGUAUCAGAUAUUUUCUUUAGCAGUAUUUCCAUGUUGUUUUUACUGGCCUAGAAAUUCUUUACUUUUUCUGAUAGAUUUGGAUGAUGUACACCUACAUAGUGGUACCUGAUGUGCUUCUGUAAUAAUAAUAAAAAUAUUUAGGAAAUA